AUGCGAGUAUCCAACGAGUUCGAAGCGACCUGGUCCCAAGCUCGUACGCAAAAGAAGAGGCGAGGCGUCUCAAUCGCCAGUCUCGUGUCCCCUUCAACUCACUCACCAUCAGUAAAUACAACAACGUCCGGCACGUUGGGUCGCUCUCCCGAGGUACAAAGAAUCGAUCCCGCUCUGAGAGCGACACGACAAGGCCAUGAUUUGCGAUCCAGAGUUGCCCGCCGCGCGUCGGCAUGGUCCGCCGAUGGAUCCCAAAUACCGAGUCCAGACUCCAUCUCCAGCUCAAGGAGAAGUGGUGCAAACCGUCAGCCCAUGUCCCCCGCGCCUGACUUCUCCAGAAUAAUGUAUCCCUCUCAUGAGACUCAAACCCGGCCACAAACGCCGUCUCAGUCUCAUGAUAGUCCAGAUCAACCUGUGGCGGUCUCAGGGAUAACCGUAGACACAGUAUGCAAGGGACUGAAGAUAUCAAGGAACGUGUACACAUAUCUGAUGAAGUCGUACUUUAGCAACAUGACUUCCUUUACACUAUUUAAACCGAAUUCAAUCGAGGCCAAGUUUGCCUUUAUGAAAUCCCCCAUCGAAGCAGAAGCCUUGGUGGCGACAAUAUUCGCCUUCUCUGCAAGGUUUCACCCCAGCGACAAGCAACCUGGACGAGUUGUCGACUGCCCAACGCCUUCUUACUUUGCAAACAUCGCGUCAAAGCAACUGCAGAGUGCCCUGGAUCUAUACGAAGAUACAAUCCCUCCAUUUCACCUCUUACAGGCGGCUGUUCUGGAUGCCUUUUACCACAUCUCCAAGAGUGUGCGGUCUAGAUCAUGGAGAUACCUAGGUCAAGCGAUAAGGCUAGGCUACGACCUGAAGUUACAUUUACUGGAUAUUCACUCAGAAAGAGACGCCGAUGGCGAGAAAGAACAGCGUGAUCUAGAGCGGUGGUCGCUGUUAGAAGAACGUCGCAGGGCUUGGUGGGCUCUAUGGGAAAUGGAUGUCUUUGCAAGCACCAUCCGCCGCCUGCCGUUGGCAAUAGACUGGACUCAAAAUUUCACCUAUCUCCCUGUGCCAGACAAGUGCUGGUUUGAAGGAAUCUAUCAAGAAAGUUGCUUCUUGGCGCCGGAUCCUUGUCAACGGUGGAAAAACAUGGCCCAAGUCGUCAACACCAGUCCGAGGGCAUGGUUCAUUGUCAUCAAUUCCCUCAUGCAUGACGCACAGCUUCUCGUAUACAACCCCUUACCAGUAGGGGACACAUCAUUCGAGUCCAAAAAGGAUAGUCUGGCCAUCAUCGCCAAUGCCCUCUAUUGCACAGCUUCAUCCCUACCCCCGGAGCUCAUCUACGAAGGGCAAGCGUUGGACUUUCACACAAAAGCGUCACCACGAGACAUCAACUGCCGCCAAUUCCACUGCGACAUAUACUCCAUUCAUCUCAUGACCCAACUGGUGCGCUUCAUGAUUGACCACCACAUUGUAUGUGCACAGGUAGCUGCUGCUGCUCGCGCACACGCCAACGACGAGGCCAGACCUAGCGACUCACCAUCCUGGUCUAACUACAUGAAGGCGGCAGAGAAUAUUGUCACCAUUGUGAGAAACAGCUCACAUGAUCACAUCAAAUACGUCAACCCGUUCUUGACAAACACGUUGUGGUUUGCUGCAGCGUCGCAAAUUGCCUGCAAGGUUGUUGGGCCGUCAAGUCGUGCUGAGACACUAGCUGCAUCCAACUACGACUUGUUGGCACUGACUAUACAGCGGUAUAUCUCUUUCUGGUGCAGUACUGAUAUCCUGAAGCCGAGGCUGGAAAGGAUAGAGACUGCGCUGAAGAACUUGAUGACGAAGGAGGGUCAAGAUGCGACAACUGAGAAUGCCUUUGACAGAGAGGACUCAGGUGUUGCGGGAGUGAAUCACGGUGCAACCAGCCAGCAGUUGACGCAGACUCAGGUCAAUAAUCAUUCGUUCGGUCAGCAGGGUUUUGUAGGACCAGGAGGGAUGGCGAUGGAGACGGUUCAGUCGCCGUUUCUGCCUUUGUUUCCGACGGGAAAUGACCCUAAUGCUUUGGCGCAGCAGGUUGUGUUUGAUGACUUGGAGCACUUUUUGCCGUAUGGCGUGGAUGACCUGUGGGCGUCACAGAGGGUUUUAUCUGCUUGGUGA